AUGGCGCUCUCGCUCGCGAGCAGCCCCAGCCCCGGCGCGGCGCUCCCCGCGCCGCGGGUUGCCCACUUUGCCCUUCCUCUCCUUCCGCUCCGCUCCCCUCGCCGCCUGCACCAGGCGCGGCUCCGCCUCCGCCUCCGCGUCGCGGCGUCCUCGCCCCCAGAGGCGCAGGUCGCCGCCCCCGUGGCGGAGGAGGGGGAGGAGCAGGGGGAGAAGCGGCGGAAGCUGUACGUGGCCAACCUGCCCUGGUCCUUCCCGGCGCCGGAGAUCGAGAAGCUCUUCGCGCAGCACGGCACCGUCAAGGACGUCGAGGUCAUCAAGGGGAAGGAUGGCAGAAACAGGGGGUUCGCGUUCGUCACGAUGUCGACGGCGGAGGAGGCAGCCACCGUCGCUGAGAAGCUUAACUCCCAUGAUGUAAUGGGGCGGGCAAUCAAGGUGGAGUUUUCAAAGAGCUUCAGAAAACCAGCUCCGCUUCCUCCUCCUGGCACCAUUAUAGAGAGGCACAAGCUUUAUGUGUCCAAUCUUCCAUGGAAAGCAAGGGCUCCCAAUGUUAAAGAAUUCUUUGCAAAAUUUAACCCGCUUUCUGCUAACGUUAUAUUCGAUAAUGGAAAAGCAGCUGGGUAUGGUUUUGUUUCCUUUGGGACAAAAGAAGAAGCAGAGGCUGCUCUCACUGAGCUUGAUGGAAAGGAACUUAUGGGAAGACCUGUACGCUUGAAUUGGCGGGAAAGUGGUGAUGAUAAGGUUGAAGUUGCAAAGGUCGACAGUGAAGUUGAAGUUGUAAAUAUUGAAGGAGCAAGCGUUGAUGAUGCCAGCACGGAUGGAGUGGUGCUACUUCAUCUUCCGCCGCCUCCGCCGUUCGACUUCGGCGGCCCCAGCCCCGACGACUCCUCCGGCCCUGUCUUCUCCCCGCUUGUCAUCGCUAUCAUCGGCGUGCUGGCGAUCGCCUUCCUCCUCGUCAGUUACUACACCUUCAUUUCCAGGUACUGUGGCACCUUGGGUUCCUUCCGGGGCAGAGUCUUCAGUUCCCACUUAGGUGCUGGUGCCCGCGGCCGUGGCAACGGCGGCGGCCGCAGUGGAGGCCAAGGACAAUCCAGGAGCCAGGAAUCGUGGAACAUCUCGCCGUCGACCGGGCUGGAUGAGACCUUGAUCAGCAAGAUCACCUUGUGCAAGUACAAGCGUGGUGAUGCCUCGGUCCACACCACGGACUGCUCGGUCUGCCUCGGCGAGUUCAGGGACGGGGAGAGCCUGCGGCUGCUGCCCAAGUGCAGCCACGCCUUCCACCAGCAAUGCAUUGACAAGUGGCUCAAGUCGCACUCCAAUUGCCCUCUGUGCCGCUCCAACAUCACCUUCAUCACCGUGGGCAUGGGGAUGGCGACGCAGGAGGCCGAGAGCCGUGGUCCAGGCGAGAGUGUUGGGAGAGACGCUGCCCAUGAUGUGGUUGUGGUGAUGGAUGACAUGGAAAUCAUGUGCGACGAGCAGCAGAGCAUGGCGGGCAGCACAGAUGGUGAUGGUGAUGACCAGGAGGCAAAUGGUGGUAGUCCGGAGGGAAUGGACGAGGCCGACGGCAAGGCUGAGAUCAGAGAAGAAUGCCCGCCGCCGCUGAAGUUCAAGUCGGGGCCUUCGUCGUCUGACCCGGACCAUGAUAUCCGCAUGUCCAUCGCCGACGUUCUGCAGGCCAGCAUGGAAGACGAGCUCAUGGCAGCCAGGGAGAGCGGCGUCCUUGCAGGUGGCGCCGGCGCAUCAAGACGGUGUCACGGCGAGAACAGCAAGGGCGGACGCAGCAGCCGGCGUGCACUGCAGGACGCCAUGGACACGAAGCGGUUGCCGCCUGCUGGCCGGUCGUGCUUCAGCAGCAAGAGUGGGAGGGGAAGGGAUUCAGAUCUUCCGAUGUGA